CUUCGUACAUUGCGUUCCGUUCACUUCACCUCUCACUCAGCAAACCUCCUGCAGCCAGUGACCACGCUUCUCCUCGACUCCACACACUGAACCCAGCGAACAUGUUCUGCAGGCGGGCAUUGCAGCGCUUCGGACCCCUGACUCAAAGGGCAGCCAAUCCGUCACUCCGAAAUGCGGUUCCCGUGCGACACAUGGCCUUCGGCAUCCCCGGCUCGUCCAACAUGGCGUACUUUGUCAUGUGUGGAGGCGGCCUCACGGCGGCCAUGGUCUAUGCCUACAAGACAGUAAACGGAGACAGUGAGAGGUACAACGACAGACUGGCAGAAAUUGCCGCCCCAAAAGAAGCAGCUCCAGAGGCUGAGCCCACACCAGCAGCUCCAGAACCCGCUGUUGAGGCAGUCGCAGUAGAGGCCGUCACAGUCGAAGCUGUCGAGGCCGUCACAGUAGAGGCCCUAGCCGUAGAGGCUGAACCCGCAGCAGUGGAAGAGGCGGUGCCCGCGGCCGUCGAGGUGGUGGCGGAGGCUCCGGCGGCCGAGGCUGUAUCGGAGACCGCCGCCGAACCCGCCCUGGAGGCCGUCGCCGUGGAGGCCGUUCCUGAAGCAGCCGCUGUUGUCGAAGAGGUGGCGCCGGCGGAGUCGGUCGUCGAGUCCGCUGAGCCCGCGGUGGAAGAGGCCGCCCCCGCCGCCACAGAGGUGGCUGACUCGGUCGAGGUCGUCGUCGUGGAGGAGGUGGCUGCCCCAGCGGAAGCCGCCCCGGUGGAGAGUGAGGGUACAGUGGUAGUAGAGGACACCCCUAGCCCCGUUGAGGUCGCCCCGGAGGCCGACGCCGCCGCCACCAUCGUAGCGGCGGCCUAAAGCGCGGGCCCAGCCCCAGUAGUGCUGUAGUUAGCUGUGCUUUCCUAAACUCUCUUCCCAACAAGGUGGACUGGAGGGGAGAGUCCCAAAGGGCGAGGGGAAACUUGUAGUCACACACGCCGAAAUGCAUACCUGCUGCUGACAUUCAGUCUGGUAAAUGGGCCAUUUAAAUGCCUCACUCUUGAACAUCUUUUAAAAAGAUGGUUUCAAGUACUUUACUGAUUUUCUGUCCGUGCCUUACUAUGGGCCAAGGACGAAGGCCUACUACCCCCUGUUGUCUUUGUCGUUGUUGGGAGUUGUGAGUUUUGUUCCUUUGCAAUAGGAGUCUUAAGCCAACCCAAAUGCCAGUUCCUCGUGUUAUCUGAACUGGUUCACUGAUGGGAGGGUGUAAAACUUCGUUUCAGAUGAUAUUUCAUUGUUCAUAAAUGUGUAUUCCUGAGUCAUGUUUAACUUGCAAUUAGUUCAACAUCUGUCAGUUAUUCUGUUUGAAUAGCAAUCACCUUUUCUAGAAUGAUUCACUCCAAUUUGAAUAUGACUGUUCAUUUCAUCCAGCAUCACCCCUCAUUCUCAAUCUUCAUUGCAUUUUUGUACUUGGAACUUGGACAUGCCAAGUGGAUGAUGAGGAAAGAAGUUAUUCAAUAAAGAAUUGCUAAUAA